AUGUCAAAGCCCAUAGUCCUCCAACUGGGCCAAAUCGAGCACGCCCACGACACCUGGGCCUCCCUCGCCGACGUCGCCCAAAUCAUCAAGCCAAAGGCCACCAAUCGCGCCGAGUUCCUCGAGGAGUGCAAAUCCGGCGCCCUCGACGGCGUAAAGGCAAUCUACCGCACUUUUGCAAGCGUCCACAUCACCGGCCGCAUCGAUGCCGAGCUCGUCGCCGCUCUUCCCUCCAGCGUAGGCUUCAUCUGCCACAAUGGCGCCGGCUACGACCAAAUCGACAUCCCAGCCUGCACAUCCCGCUCCCCCGACCCCAUCCUCGUCUCAAACACACCCACCGCAGUCGACGACGCAACAGCAGACAUUGCAAUCUUCCUCAUCCUCGGCGCCCUCCGCAACCUCAACGCCUCCAUCCUCUCCAUCCGCGAUGGGAAGUGGAAAGGUCAACCCCCUCCCCCGCUAGGCCGCGACCCCCAAGGCAAAGUCCUAGGCAUCCUCGGUAUGGGCGGCAUCGGGCGCAACAUGGCCAAGAAGGCAAGGGCGUUUGGCAUGGAGGUGCGGUAUUUCAACCGUACGAGGCUCGAGGGCCAUUUGGAGGAGGAGUGUGGUGCCAGUUAUGUUGAUUUCGAGACGUUGUUGCGGGAGAGUGAUGUGAUUUCUCUCAACCUGCCUCUAAACGCCCACACCCGCCACAUAAUCUCAACCCCGCAAUUCGACCUCAUGAAACCCGGCGUGGUGGUAGUAAACACGGCCCGCGGCGCCGUCAUCGACGAAGCCGCGCUCGUCGCGGCCCUCGAUUCCGGAAAAGUCGCCAGCGCGGGCCUCGACGUCUUUGAGAACGAGCCCGAGGUCCACCCCGGCCUUCUCGCCAACCCCAACGUGCUGAUUGUCCCGCACAUGGGCACCUGGACGCUCGAGACAAGCGUCAAGAUGGAGAAGUGGGCUAUUGGGAAUGUAAGGAGGGCGGUGACGGAGGAGAAGCUGGAUAGUGUUGUUGUUGAGCAAAAGGGGCUUGUUGGUUAG